AUGAAUACAAAAGCAAUACAAGAUGCAAUAGAUAGCUGUGCCACUGGUUCUCUGUCUUCAUAUGACUGUAAAAUUAGAAUCCCCAGAGGAACUUUCCUAACUGGAAGUUUAAUUUUAAAAUCAAAUAUGACUUUGGAAUUGGCAUCUGGAGCUGUCUUGCUAGGUUCCCCAAACAGUAAUGAUUAUCCAAUGAUUCCGAGAUUAAAUAUGCCUUCAGCUUUAAUUAACGUUAUUGAUCAAUUGCAUUCUCAAAAUAUUCGAAUUGUUAGUAGUGGUGGUACUAUUGAUGGUAAUGGAUGGAAAAAAGACACUACAAUAAUAGAUGAAAUUGGAAAUCCUUUACCUCAUUAUGUUCAAGGAUCAGCACAAACAGUUAAACAAUAUGGGGUUUUAGCUGCAAGUCAAGUAACAAGUAAAGACAAAUAUGGGAGUGCACGUUCUACAUUACUAUUAUUACUUGGAAUUACAAAUUUACAUAUUGGAGGCAGCAACCUAACCCUUCGAAAUCCAUCUAUGAUUACUAUGGCUAUUGGAAAUAGUCGUAAUGUUUCUGUGAUUAAUACUCGUUUUACUACUUUUGAUAUAAAUAAUGGCGAUGGAAUGGAUCUAGGCGAUGUUAGUAAUAUUCAAAUCUUAAGUAAUUUUUAUGAAACUGGAGAUGAUGCUAUAGCAAUGGGUACUGGACAGGGAAAAAGAUCUAAUUCUCCGCCUGUAGAAUUUGUUGUUAUUAGGAAUAACUAUUUCCGACACGCACAUGGAUGUUCUUUUGGUGGCAAUCUUGGAGAUUGGGUACAAGAUGUCCUUAUUGAGGUAAAAAAAUUCUAG